AUGUCUAAAGCAGAGCUAGCCGUUUUGGAGCGUCGGCUGCGCCCAAUCUACGACAGUCUAGAUAGUCACAACUACAAAAAAGCAUUGACAGAAUGCGACAAAGUGCUGAAGAAACAUCCUGCAACGGUCGCAGCUAAAGUACUGAAGGCGUUGGGAUUGAUUCGGUUAGAUCGACUAGCUGAAGCGAUGGAUAUUCUGGACGUUUUGGAUGUAAAAGGAGCUCGUCACGACGAACUUACUCUACAGGCUUUUGUUCAUUGUUACAGGGACAGUAAUCAGCACAAAAGAGUGAUAUAUCUUUACGAGAGGGCUAUCGAGGUUGACCCUAGUGAGCAAAACAUGACUCAACUGUUCAUGGCUUAUUCCCGAGAAAAGAUGUACAAGGAGCAGCAAAAAAUCGCCAUGCGUCUUUUCAAGGAUGUGGGUUCAACUACCUACUACUACUGGAGUGUGAUGUCUCUAUUCCUGCAGCUUAAAACCAGUUUCAAUCAAAUCUUGCAGGCUAGGGAAGACAAAGAGCUUGGUAAAAAGAUGCUUCUGCCAUUGGCAGAAAAAAUGUGCAAAACUCAAAUUGAGAAAACCAAUUAUACCGAGGGUUCGUCAGCUGAACUCGAACUUGAGUUGCUCAUUUUGGAUGGACAAGAGAAGUGGAAAGAAUGUGCGGAAUUCGUUGACAAGCCUCGAGCGAUUGGUCUUCCGGUCGCACCGCAUAAUUUGGUGGAAAAAGGAAUGGAGUAUUAUAUGAAAGAUGGACAAUACAAUCUCGCCUAUGAGUUGGCUGUUGGGGUUGUUGAGACUAUGCCUGACAACUGGAAUCUCUGGAGGAUCCUUGUAGCUUCAACAAUUCGUAUAAUUGAAAAGAUGGCUCUUUCUCAAAACAAAGAAUAUCAAGAAGGGGCUCUAUUACUGGUAGAAAAGCUCAGUGAACUCAUCGAAAAAGUUCAACAAAAAUCCGAGUUUAAAAUUCGUGGACCCUACCUAGCUUCUUUUUUGACACUGAAAGUUUUUGGAGAGUCUGCUGCAAAAGUACCAGGAUUAGAAGAUUUGACACCCCAUUUCGGAGAUAUAGUGGAGAGAAUGUUGGUAUACGUUCGGAACUUCUAUAAAAAGCCAAUUUGUUUCACAGAUUUACACAUGUACUUUGGAGAAUUGAACGAGGAGCAAAAACAACAAUUCUUGAAAGGUCUCACUUCUUGGAUGAAUGACAUUUCGAGUGAAGAACAAGUCGAAGGAGAUGAAUCAAAAGUGUGGGCUAUACUUCUGACGGAGCGAUGCCGUCGUGCUCUAGGAGAUUACGAGAAGAAAACAUCCGAAGACCAUCGAUCUCUUUUCCAGCAAUUCAUAGCGCAGAUUGCAGCGAAAGGAAGAAGUGAGCAUGCUCAAGGAGUUUUGUGCAAUUUCGCCAUUUCUCACCUAUGGGAUGCUUAUCGCAAAGAAAGUGAGUUACUGUGUUUAUUCAUUGAUAUUCGAACACUUGCAUUUUCAGAUGACUUGGAAAAGUUCUACGAAAUGAUUCUUCUUCUUGAGUUCGUGGCCACCAGUAACAAAACUGAUCCUCUGUGCAAGCUUGCUUUGGUCAGAGCAUAUUCAUCACUGUGUAUUACUGGACGCAUUACUGCUCUUUGGAAAGUUCUCGACAUAAAAUCUGUUCAAAACGAUACAUUGGGUUAUCUGACUUUCCCGGUUUAUGAAACUUCCGGUCGGUUCAACCUCGCGAUCAUCAACUGUUCUCAAUUGAGUAUAAUGUAUGAUCAGUCUGAGAAAGAGAUUCAAGAUUCAAUUGCCCAGGCGUAUCGUCAAGGUAAAUUCACUGCUAUUCCUCCCAUGACGGCUGCCAGUCUGAAGUUGCGUCUUUCAGUGCAGAAAACCGCGGCUGAAGUGAUGAACCGAUAUCUCUCGUCUCUGUUCGUUCUGGAAGAUUUAGACCAAACAACUGUAACGUUGUGGGGAGAUGACGAUCCGAUUGGUGAGACACGCAUCGAUUGGAGCAAGCUCGUCGACAAUCGAGACUUCUCCGUUCUUCCAUACACGGAGACUCCCGAGUAUGAGAAACUUUUGGACGAUAUGAAAAAGAGAACUUUCCAAGAACUUAUUGAUAUCUCUGAACUUCGCAGUACAAUGUGUCGUGCUCUGGGAGCAGUCGGACGAGUUACUAUGGAUAACAUGGAUCCACGACUUGCUCGCGUUCAACUGAAAAUGACCGUCAUUGAAUUCAAAAAACAUCUCGAGUACUGUUGUAAAGAGUAUCCUUCUUUCCUUAUCCCUUCAAAACUGGCUCAAUCCCCCGCUCCUCAACAUUUGUCCCAAUGGGUUCAUUCGGGUGGUCCUCAAAUGGUUCUAGAAUAUUUGGAGGCUGCUGUUAAACUCGUGGAAAUUUUGGAUUCCGGAGAGCAUCCUGAUGUUGAACUGGUUGGAACGAGAACAGAGAUGGCGAAGAAGUUGAUUAAACUCAUUGAAAUUCAACCAAAACGCAAUGAGAAUGAACCACUUCCACCAUUCUGGAUUGUUGACCCAAUUAUUAAAUCAUCAAGAGCUCUCCAAACGAUCGCUGCUAUUCAAAUCGUUCUUCAAUUUAUUGAGAAACUGGUGAUGAAGUUGGUAAAGAAUGUUCCGACAACUGCGCCUGGUUUCGGAAAACCGAAGGGAAAGAAGGAGAAGAAGGUUGCAGAGGAGGUUUUUAUAUUAGAAAUUUUGAAAAGUAGAGCUUCUUCAUUUCAGGCGGUUGCUAAGGCUCUUGAGGAAUGCAAGGCUGUCAUAUUCCUCGAACAUAUUCGUUCGAAGCAUGUUGAGCUUCGAUACGCUGGAAACUUCCUUCAUACGCACUUCAGGCAGAUGAUGGCAUAUGAGGACAAGAACGUUCCAGAAAAAGUCGGCGAGGGUCUCGGAAAGGCUCAAGUAGUUCUUCAAGAAAUGGCUCCAACCAUCGAGUCUCGUCUUCAAGUUUCGUUCCUCAACGCCUUCGAGGACAUGCACACAACCAUCAAAUCAAGAUUCUAA